AUGGAACCAAAUCCUCCUCUACUUAAUAGUGGUAGAGAAGAAGGCACCGACCACUCAUCACCAUUGCUACGGUACCCGCCACACCCGUAUAUUGAAGAUGCUGAGAGCAAAGAUGUUCAAUAUGAAAGCGAGCCAACCUCUUUCCAUGGCCCGUCUCGAAUGGAUGUCAGUUCAACAGAUAGUUUCCCGGGAGCUCUUCCUGGCCAGCUCUUAAUAGAAUAUCCAGGAUCGUUGCCUACGGAGGAUCUAGAGGAAGAGAGACCCAUCAAUCCGCCUAAUACUCCGCAGACACUUUCAGAGUCAUCUUUCUCUUAUGGAACCCCAUGUAGACAUACAGAAUUGGAGGAGUCUCUGGAUUCCUUUGACUCAGAAGAGACAGAGUCAAUAUAUGAAAAUGAUGCCACUUCCCAAAACCUCUCAUCAGCAGUGGGUCUUCCGCCUCAUGUGCCUUACAUACAAGAAACCCCGGCAGUCAGUAUUGAAUCGCAGUUUGAGCCAUUCCAGCUCGAAACUAUAGAGGAGGAACCGGUGGAGGGGACAACGGCUUCUGGCGUAAAUACCAUGGAUGAAGAGCCCCGACUGCAAAAAGAAACCCCCAGGUCGACAUCAUUUACUGCCAUACUAAAUGAAGAUGAAGAAGAAAUCGAGUCAGACGAGAACGAACUAAGUGUGCAAUUCAUCGAAAAUAUUGAAGAUGAAUCCCCCGCAAACCCCGAGAAUUCGCUCCACCAUGCUUUCAAAACGGACAGGAAUGAAUCCCCCCAGAGUACUACGAGAGUAGGCUCAGGUUCAUUAAGUCUCGAGUCGAUGGUUAGUUCCGGUUUCCUAAAGUUUUUAAUUGAUAAAAAGGUUACGUAUUAUUCUAGACUAAUAUACCUUUAUCUUGCUAUCUAUAAGCUGGCCGAGAAUUCCACCGUUGCAUCUUUAGAUAUUAAAGCUGCCGGGGAAAACCAUAAAUCAGCUGAAGCUGAGGAUAAGGAUGAGGAUGAGAAUGAGGAUGAGGACAUGUUGUUUUCAGUGCCCAUGGCGCGGAAAGUUAUUCCUAAGGGUACCGCCUUAAAGCUCACUAUUUCUAUCCCUUCCGGUUCUGAAGACAGCACUCGCCUUCCAACCUCACCGAAAAGAGACGUGUAUGAUCCAACAUCGCUAAGAAAACCUGGGCCUGUGAAAAUGGAAAGCCUCGAGUAUGGUCUUGUGACUAGAAGGCGAGGAAUAUUACCACCUCCAUCGCUGAAAUUACCACCUGUGUCAUCAAUCCCGCAAGAGCCACCUCCAAGUUAUGAAGAAAGUAUGGGUCUUACAAAUGAUCCUGGAGUCCUUCUAAAGGAUCCAUUUGAUGGGAGUGAUAGCGAAAGCGACAGUGAUAGUGACUCUGAUGACGAUGAUGAUGAGGAUGAGGAUGCUUUUGACCCUAAUAACGAAGAUGAUUUAUAUGAUACGGCCUCUUCACGACUAGAUGUUUUGGAUAGGCUUAUUGCUGAGACCAAGGCAUCUAGAUCUUUUUCAUUGAGAAAGGAGCCAAUCAACACAACUACUGAGGUGGGUUCCAACGAAUAUGAGGGAAAACACCUGCCAAGUCAGGAGCAUCAACAUCUAGACGCUACGACUACUCGUCCAGAUUACAAUGAAAACGGCCCGCUCAUUUUCCGAAAGCCACCUAGAAAGGAAUACAGGGAGACAUUUAGAUUGGAGCCCCAUCCAAGAAUUUCUAAAACCCAGCAUGUAGGGAAUAUACCGCUACAGCCUCUGAGUAUUGGGGGGAGCCAGGCUGAACCAUACGAUUUAAGCGUUAAUAAACUCACCUCCGUCCCAAUUCCAUCCAAUGACACGCCUUCGAUAACACCAGAAGAUGAUAUGAACAGGUCCAGCAGCCUAAAAUUAUCUAAUAAUUCUAGAGAUAAUUUAUCCGGUCCUAGGAUGGUAUUCAAACGGGACCUUGGUUCUAAAGAUCGCAAAGGCUAUUCAGAUAUGAUUAAUAUACUUCAAGGUGUGAUUAAUACACUUGAAAGGCCUAUAUCAAUGUCUGAAUUAGAAAUCUCCACUGCCGUCGACAAAUCCCAAAUAAUUGUGGACUCAAAUUCAACAUCCCAAAGAGCGAAGACACACUUCUCAUCAAGUAAUGCAUUGUGUAGCUCAGAGAUGGCUAGUCAUAUUGAAGAGGACAGGAUAGAAGAGGACGGGGGGGGAGAAAGGGAAAAGGCACAAAAGGAGUUGAGUGAAAACGAAAGUGAAGAAAGUGAUGAACCAAGGAGCAAAGACGGUGAUAGAUCUAGUACAGAUGAUGAUCAAAAUAGCGAUCACGGUCCGUCGAGUGGAGGCGCUGAAAUUAUGACUGGACACACCACCUCGGACCAUCAAGACAAUCAGGAGCGUGGCAACUCUAAUACUGAUUCACCGCCGCGAGAGAACGAUGGAAAAACUUCGCUUUCAUCUUCAAACAAUUCCAAAACAUGGGGACAUCAUAUCCUAAACUGUGAAUACAUGCUUGAGCCAAGAAGCACAGAACUGCACGGAAAAGCAGGAGCAGAAAUCUACAUCACAAACAAUACCAUGUUCGACAUCGGCCUUUACAUCACUUCAAAAAGUGUCUGA